CACGCCGCCCUCAGCUCGGCUAUUCUGCGCGCACUGAGUGCAGGGGAUGAGCUUGCGAUCAUCUCGGGGUUAGGGGGAGCCCAGGACUGGAAGGGCCGGCUCUACCCCGUUGAUCCCGCAGCCCAACUUUAUGGGGAGCUAGCUAGACCGCGUCUCGCUGCCCGCUGCGUGGCCGACAGGGGGGUUUUGAAGAUCAUGAUCACAUGGAUGCAUCUAACCAAACCCUACCUGAGCUCAUGGCGGUUCUUUAGAGAACAUAGCUAAAUUUUUCCCUCAUACUUUGUGUGCCACUCACCAUAGGACCUUGUUUGAUGGUAUCUAUCUGCAGUCUUCUAAACUUUCCGCACAAUGUUAUCUUUAUUAGCUUGAACUCCUUUCUUAAAAUGGUCCUUCUGUUGAUUCUGUCAGUCCUGCUUUUGAAAGAAGAUGUCCGUGGGAGUGCACAGUCCAGCGAAAGAAGGGUGGUGGCUCACAUGCCAGGUGACAUCAUUAUUGGAGCUCUCUUUUCUGUCCACCACCAGCCUACUGUGGACAAAGUUCAUGAGAGGAAAUGUGGGGCGGUCCGGGAGCAGUAUGGCAUUCAGCGAGUGGAGGCCAUGCUGCACACCCUGGAAAGGAUCAACUCAGACCCUACACUUUUGCCCAACAUCACUCUUGGCUGUGAGAUACGGGAUUCCUGCUGGCAUUCAGCUGUGGCCCUAGAGCAAAGCAUUGAGUUCAUAAGGGAUUCCCUCAUUUCUGCAGAAGAAGAAGAGGGCUUGGUACGCUGUGUGGAUGGCUCUUCCUCUUUCCGCUCCAAGAAGCCCAUAGUAGGUGUCAUCGGGCCUGGCUCCAGUUCUGUGGCCAUUCAAGUCCAGAACUUGCUCCAGCUUUUCAACAUACCUCAAAUUGCUUACUCAGCAACCAGCAUGGAUCUGAGCGACAAGACUCUGUUCAAAUACUUCAUGAGGGUUGUGCCUUCAGAUGCCCAGCAGGCACGAGCUAUGGUGGACAUAGUGAAGCGAUACAACUGGACCUACGUGUCGGCUGUGCACACAGAAGGCAACUACGGAGAAAGUGGGAUGGAAGCUUUCAAAGAUAUGUCAGCAAAGGAAGGAAUUUGCAUCGCCCACUCUUACAAAAUCUACAGCAAUGCAGGGGAGCAGAGCUUCGACAAGCUCCUGAAAAAGCUCACAAGUCACUUGCCCAAGGCUCGGGUGGUGGCCUGCUUCUGCGAGGGCAUGACAGUGAGAGGUCUGCUGAUGGCUAUGAGACGCCUGGGUCUGGCGGGAGAAUUUCUGCUUCUGGGCAGUGAUGGCUGGGCUGACAGGUACGAUGUAACAGAUGGGUAUCAGCGCGAAGCUGUUGGUGGAAUCACAAUCAAGCUCCAGUCUCCUGAUGUCAAGUGGUUUGAUGAUUAUUAUCUGAAGCUCCGGCCAGAAACAAACCUCCGGAACCCUUGGUUCCAAGAAUUUUGGCAGCAUCGUUUCCAGUGUCGGCUGGAAGGGUUUGCACAGGAGAGCAGCAAAUACAACAAGACUUGCAAUAGCUCUCUGACUCUGAGAACACAUCAUGUUCAAGAUUCCAAAAUGGGAUUCGUGAUCAAUGCGAUCUAUUCCAUGGCCUACGGGCUCCACAACAUGCAGAUGUCCCUCUGCCCGGGCUACGCAGGACUCUGUGAUGCAAUGAAGCCAAUUGACGGAAGGAAACUCUUGGACUCCCUGAUGAAAACCAAUUUUACUGGGGUUUCUGGAGAUAUGAUCCUAUUUGAUGAGAAUGGAGACUCUCCGGGAAGGUAUGAAAUAAUGAAUUUCAAGGAAAUGAGAAAAGAUUAUUUUGAUUAUAUCAAUGUUGGAAGUUGGGACAAUGGAGAAUUGAAAAUGGAUGAUGAUGAGGUAUGGUCCAAGAAAAAUCACAUCAUCAGAUCUGUUUGCAGCGAGCCGUGUGAGAAAGGCCAGAUCAAGGUGAUUCGGAAGGGAGAAGUCAGCUGUUGCUGGACGUGCACACCCUGUAAGGAGAACGAGUACGUCUUUGAUGAGUACACCUGCAAGGCGUGCCAGCUGGGGUCCUGGCCGACCGAUGACCUGACAGGUUGUGAUUUGAUCCCAGUACAGUAUCUUCGCUGGGGUGACCCUGAGCCCAUUGCAGCUGUGGUGUUUGCUUGCCUUGGCCUGCUGGCCACCCUGUUUGUCACUGUAAUCUUCAUCAUUUACCGUGACACUCCAGUAGUCAAGUCCUCCAGCAGGGAACUCUGCUACAUUAUUCUUGCUGGCAUCUGCCUGGGUUACUUAUGCACCUUCUGCCUCAUCGCAAAGCCCAAACAGAUUUAUUGCUAUCUUCAGAGAAUUGGUAUUGGUCUCUCCCCAGCCAUGAGCUACUCAGCCCUGGUAACCAAGACCAACCGUAUUGCAAGAAUCCUGGCUGGCAGCAAAAAGAAGAUCUGUACCAAAAAGCCCAGAUUUAUGAGUGCCUGUGCUCAGUUAGUGAUUGCUUUCAUCCUCAUAUGUAUCCAGUUGGGCAUUAUUGUCGCUCUUUUUAUAAUGGAGCCUCCUGAUAUAAUGCACGACUACCCAAGCAUUCGGGAAGUCUACCUGAUUUGUAACACCACCAAUCUAGGAGUCGUCACUCCUCUGGGAUACAAUGGAUUGUUAAUUUUGAGCUGCACCUUCUAUGCGUUCAAGACCAGAAAUGUUCCAGCUAACUUCAACGAAGCCAAAUAUAUUGCCUUCACGAUGUAUACCACAUGCAUUAUAUGGCUGGCCUUUGUCCCAAUCUAUUUCGGAAGCAACUACAAAAUCAUCACUAUGUGUUUCUCAGUCAGCCUCAGCGCCACAGUGGCCCUCGGGUGCAUGUUCGUGCCGAAGGUGUACAUCAUCCUGGCCAAACCCGAGAGAAAUGUGCGCAGCGCCUUCACCACUUCUACCGUGGUGCGCAUGCAUGUCGGGGACGGCAAGUCUUCCUCCGCAGCCAGCAGAUCGAGCAGCCUGGUCAACCUGUGGAAGAGGAGGGGCUCCUCUGGGGAAACACUAAGGUAUAAAGACAGGAGGCUGGCCCAGCACAAGUCGGAAAUAGAGUGUUUCACCCCCAAAGGGAGUAUGGGGAAUGGUGGGAGAGCAACCAUGAGCAGCUCCAACGGCAAGUCGGUCACCUGGGCGCAGAACGAGCGGAGCAGCAGGGGGCAGCACCUGUGGCAGCGGCUGUCGGUGCACAUCAACAAGAAGGAGAGCCCGAACCAGACGGCGGUCAUCAAGCCGUUCCCCAAGAGCGCGGAGGGCCGCGGG